AAUGCGGUUAUAAAUGCCAAGUACAGGAGUUCCAUUGAUAACCUCCUUCAUGUUAUCUACAGUUCUCUAUUGGACACGCAUGGAGGAGGGAGGUGUGAUACAGAAGAGAAGAAGGGCUUUAUAUGAGGCUGUAUCUGGUUUCGGUGAAAGCCUGUAGAUUUCCUGUAUAGGCCUGAGCUGCAGAGUAUUCAACAAACAAGUGGAGGACGUGAAGACCUGUAAAGGUAAAAUGUCCAGAGUAAAUAAUGACUUUCAACUUACCACCGCUGAAGACACCGAGAGGGUUUGUCCUGGUCAUGAUGUCAACCUCCACUGUCACCUCUCCCCCAAAACCAGUGCGGUUGUCAUGACGAUCAGGUGGUUUAAGGGGACAGAGUGCAUUUACCUGUAUAAGAAUGGCCAGGUGACAGAGAGCGUUGGCUACGAGGGCAGAGUCAGUCUGAUCACGCCGGAGCUGGAGAGAGGCAACGUGUCCCUGAGGCUGAGAGACUUCAGGAGGUCAGACGUAGGACGGUACAGAUGUCAGGUCGUCCAUGGAGAACAGAAGGAGGAGGCUGUAGUUGGUUUAGAGGCUGCUAGUGGAUCACGAUUGGACUUUGCUAGGUUAUAUGAAGCGGCUUUAGGACAGGUCUCUGAAGUGGCCCAGCCAGAGCCCGGACUUGAACCCGAUUCAACAUCUCUGCAGGGACCUGAAAAUAGCUGUGCAACGACACUCCCCAUCCAACAUGACAGAGCGUACCAUGUCCUCAACAUUAAGGACAGGUCCCAGAGCUGCUGGAGCAGGUACCAUGUCCUCAACAUUAAGGACAGGUCCCAGAGCUGCUGGAGCAGGUACCAUGUCCUCAACAUUAAGGACAGGUCCCAGAGCUGCUGGAGCAGGUACCAUGUCCUCAAUAUUAAGGACAGGGCCCUUGGCACUCAGGUCCCAGAGCUGCUGGAGCAGGUAUCAUGUCCUCAACAUUAA